AUGUUCCUCAAACUCGUUGAGUUCGUGGGCGCCCGUGCAAUUCUUCUGGACAGGAAUAUGUCCGCGUAUGAUCGUCACAAGAACAUCCGAGGCUUUGACGAGGAGGACUUUCUGCAAGUCCUUAUCAUCACUUACGCCCUCAAUAUCGCCGGCCACGACGCACAACAUCGAUGUGCAAACGUGCAUCAUGUCGAGCCCGCCUUCAAUUGGGCCACGGAGCAUCAGGCAGGAUCGAGGGUUUACCGAACCGGCCAAGAACAAGAGGUCGAGAUCGUGCGCUUGUUCACAGAAGGCACGUACCAAGAGCUGCAUGGAGCUGGCAUGAUCAAGAAAGCUUCCUCCAUGUUUGCUGCUUUCGGCGAGCUCCAGUCUGCGAGUGAGGAUAUCGAGAACCGCGAGGGUAUAUGA